GUACAAAGUAAACAGCAAGAAAUUGUGAAGUUGCAACAGGAGUUAAGUACACAUGAUGACAAAGUCCAUGCUUUGUCCGAGCACUCCCGUAACGUGAACCAAGAGCUAACCCAUACCCUGGGUUUAUGCAAAGCACGUGAGCACCAGGUGGAAACAGAAGAUCACCUGAAGCAGAUUGCUCAGCGAGAAGAAGGUAGACUGAAGCAGGAGAUCAAACGAGUUGAAAAUGACUUGACCGAUAUUAAAGAAAGAAAAAAUAUAUAUGAAAAUACUAUAUUUAAAGAUACAAAGCAACUGGAGGAGCUGAAAUCCCAGAUGAACUGGGACCAACAAGCACUAGAAGCAUGGCUGGAGGAAUCCGCUAGGAAAGACGAAGACUCCAUGACGUUAGCCAAGUACACGCGUAUGGACGAGGCAAAGGUCAAG